UGACGUCAUUGUGGGGCCUACAUGGGGCCGUCCGUGCAGGUUUCGGUCUGCUUCACUGUUGUGUCUUAACCUCCUUUAUUGCAGCUGGACACUUCACUGAAAAAGCGUUCACGGCUCCACCGCUGCCGUUUAAAUUACGUUAACUUGGUCCAGCUUUCCCGGAAAACGCGUUUCCAGCCCGAACUUCCGGUCGGGCGGGUCCGCGGUCCACAGCAACUAAAGAGCAGGAAGAGGAACUCGGUCUGGUUUCAAUUCAUCUGGACUGCAGAUCUGCCGUCAUGGCUGGAUUAACAUUUGCACCAUUCGUGACUUUCUUGUUAUGUUCAUGGAUCUUUGUUCUGUGUCAAGGGACACAGGAGCUGAAGGUGAAGCCUGGAGAGAAUGCCACUCUUCAGUGUCAGAGUCACAGAGGUGCUGACAUCACAGUGAUAAAGUGGAUCAGAACUGACCUGAAGUCAGAUGAUUUUGUCUUCUACCUCACCCCUGAUCAAACAAACGGAGAGUACCAGAAUUCAUUGUUUCAGGAUCGAGUGGAGCUUCAAGAUCCAGAGAAGAAGAACGGAGACGCUUCUGUGAUUCUGAAGAACGUCAACAUCAACGACACUGGAACAUAUGAGUGUUGGAUUAAAGAGAGAAACAAUCCAGGCCAAGCUAAACUCAUCCGCACCAUCGAGCUGACAGUGACAGGGACACAGGAGGUGAAGGUGAAGGCUGGAGAGGACGCCACUCUUCAGUGUCAGAGUCACAGAGGUGCUGACAUAGAAGUGAUAAAGUGGAUCAGAACUGACCUGAAGUCAGAUGAUAUUUAUGUCUUCUACCUCACCCCUGAUCAAACAAACGGAGAGUACCAGAAUUCAUUGUUUCAGGAUCGAGUGGAGCUUCAAGAUCCAGAGAAGAAGAACGGAGACGCUUCUGUGAUUCUGAAGAACGUCAACAUCAACGACACUGGAACAUAUGAGUGUUGGAUUAAAGAGAGAAACAAUCCAGGCCAAGCUAAACUCAUCCGCACCAUCGAGCUGACAGUGACAGAGACACAGGAGGUGAAGGUGAAGCCUGGAGAGAACGCCACUCUUCAGUGUCAGAGUCACAGAGGUGCUGACAUAGUAGUGAUAAAGUGGAUCAGAACUGACCUGAAGUCAGAUGAUUUUGUCUUCUACCUCAGCCCUGAUCAAAUAAACGGAGAGUACCAGAAUUCAUUGUUUCAGGGUCGAGUGGAGCUUCAAGAUCCAGAGAAGAAGAACGGAGACGCUUCUGUGAUUCUGAAGAACGUCAACAUCAACGACGCUGAAACAUAUGAGUGUUGGAUUAAAGAGAGAAACAAUCCAGGCCAAGCUAAACUCAUCCGCACCAUCGAGCUGACAGUGACAGAGACACAGGAGGUGAAGGUGAAGCCUGGAGAGGACGCCACUCUUCAGUGUCAGAGUCACAGAGGUGCUGACAUAGUAGUGAUAAAGUGGAUCAGACCUGACCUGAAGCCAGGUGAUUAUGUCUUCUACCUCAGCCCUGAUAAAAUAAACGGAGAGUACCAGAAUUCAUUGUUUCAGGGUCGAGUGGAGCUUCAAGAUCCAGAGAAGAAGAACGGAAACGCUUCUGUGAUUCUGAAGAACGUCAACAUCAACGACGCUGGAACAUAUGAGUGUUGGAUUAAAGAGAGAAACUCAGGACGCAGAAAGAGAGACGCUGAACCCAUCAGCGCCAUUGAGCUGACAGUGACAGAGCCAGAUGGACACAAGAAGGGAAAUGUUGGCCUGAUGGUCGGUCUGCCAGUUGUUGCUGUGCUUCUUGUUGCUGUUGUUGGAACGAUGCUCUUUAAAAAACGCAGAGGAGAGACACCUCACACAGGAGGAGAGACGCCUCACACAGGAGGAGAGACGCCUCACACAGGAGGAGAGACAGACGCCCUAAACUCUCCAACAUCAGGCUGACAGAUCCAGGUCACACAGCUGGACACAAGGAGGAACCACCGACGGAGGGAACAAGGAGAAACACUGAUGUUUCGGUGGGAGCAGCCAAACUGAAAUAGAGACAGCUGUGGCUCAGAAGGAACGGAAAAGUUUAACUAGGUAAUGCCAAAUAUAUUGUGUUGUGUUGGUUGUAGCUCACAACUUCUCGUCAAGUCUCAGUGUGGAAGGGAGCGGUUUUGUGUUUCGUGAGAAUUGUUUCUAAAUAAGUCUGCUAUUGAACAAGACUGUGGUCCAGUCCGCAUGGACACCGGUUCACCGGCUUAAAAUCUUCACCCUGGCAGGAGUUUGCAAAAGUGUUCGCUUUCAGUGACCUGAUACUGCGUUUCUAUGUGGAUGAAUGGCCAAACUGCGUUUUUACCCUGUAAACACCCGUGUUCCCGUACACAGGGCCUGUGUGAGCGCUAUCUCUGUAAAUGCACAAGUUGAUCUCUCUGUCUACUCAGAACUUUGUAUGUUUAUACAUCAAUACUAUAUCUGUAUCAAUACUAUGUACUGAUUAAAAAUGUGACUAGUU